CCGUGGUAGUGUUACGUUAAUAGUAUUCAACUUGCCGUAGUCAGUAUCUGUCAACUCUUACUCGAGCCGCUUCAACUGACUACUUUUUCAUACUAGUACGAGCCGGCGUAAAAAAUAAUUAUUAUCGUAAGGUAACUGCGGGCUUCGCCAGGCACGGCAGAUACUACACUAUCUCCCUGCAUCUAAAUUACUUGUUGUCGUGGGUGCAGCCAUCGAGCAAUGAUGUGUUCAAUACCGAAUAUAAUAAUCGCAAGAAGCUGGAUAAAUGCAAAAAAUAUAGCCAGACCAUAGGAAAAAAUCACUCGGGAGUUUAUAUAGAAAUUCAAGGGGUUCUAAUAAAAUAAUUAUAAUUUGUGGGGCUCUGACUGUCGGUGACAUCUGCAGGCACAGAAGUAAACGUAGACCAAAACAAUUGACAGCAGCCAUUAUGUAAGCAAUUGUUGGUACCGAGAAGAGAGUAGAGAGAGACACGAUUACAAAGGUAACCCUUGAAUGCAUGAUUUUUUGGGUGCCAUUAGAUAGACCUAACGAACAUGCUAGACAACUAUGAAGGAUAGAGAAUUCAUAAAUUAAUCAUCUACUCGUAAACUGCGGAAUACAACUAUAACACUAUAAAAUCAGUAUUAGUCACAGGAAUAGCAUAAUGAUGUACAGACCAAUAAAGAAAUCUUCAUUUUUGGUGUGGGGUCAUAAAAAUAGUAAAGUUUUAAAAGUUGUGAUAUUGAUUUUGAUGCUAUCAAAGAUUUGUAAUUGUAACAGUGAUGGAAAUUUUCAAUCUGUAUUAUCUGACCAAGCUGAAAAUGAAAUUGAAAACCGAUUCCCGGAUGGUUUUAUAUUUGGUGUAGGGACAUCAUCUUAUCAAAGUGAAGGUGCUUGGAACAUAUCGAACAAAGGUGAAUCUAUUUGGGAUACUUUGACUCAUGAAAAGCCAUACGUUGUGGCAGAUCAGACCAAUGCUGAUGUAGCUGCAAAUUCUUACUACAUGUACAAAACUGACAUUGAUCUUGUUACACAACUCGGUGCUAAUGCUUUCAAAAUAUCUAUUUCAUGGCCGCGAAUUUUACCAACUGGGUUCGACAAUGAAAUCAAUGAUGAUGGGAUUCAACACUAUAAUGAUGUAAUCGAUGAAAUAUUAAGUAAGAAUCUAACACCAUUUAUCACAAUAUACCACUGGGAUUUGCCUACAAGGUUACAAGAAUUAGGUGGUUUAACGAACCCGUUGUUCGUAAAUUGGUUUGUUGAUUAUGCUAACGUCUUAUUCACAGCAUUUGGAGAUAAAGUAAAAUAUUGGACGACAUUUAAUGAGCCAGGUUUUAAUUGUGUCGUUGGUUACCAAAGAAUAUACGCACCUCUGAUUAAUCAAUCGGGUAUUGGCGAAUAUCUUUGCGCUCAUCAUACGUUAUUAGCUCAUGCUAAAACUUAUAAAAUGUAUAAUGAGAAGUUCCGCGAAAAACAACAAGGUAAAAUAAUGAUUGCGUUAGCCCUGGUGUGGCCAGUUUUGAAAAAUAUAGAAGAUGCAAAUGAGUUAGAAGCAGGUGAACAAUAUAUUAAUUUUCAAAAUGGAUGGUUUUUGCAUCCGCUAUUUUCAACUGAUGGUGAUUAUUCAAAAAUGAUCAAAGAUAAAAUUGGAUCAUAUAGUUCAAUUCAAGGCUUUUCUCGUUCACGUUUACCACAGUUUACGAGAGAAGAAAUUGAACUAAUUAAAAACUCAGCAGAUUUAUUGAGUGUUAAUUUUUAUCAUGGUUUGGAGUUCAAAAAGUAUACGAAUUAUGACAUAAAAAAUACUAUAUCUCACGAUGUAGAUGUUGGCGUACUAUCUCAAUUUCCAGCUAGUGCUUAUGAAACCGGAAAUGAUACAUGCAAUAUCGAAAGAUGUCACCCAUGGGCACUUUCUGCGAUUAUCAAUCGUAUCACUACAGAGUAUAAUAUACCAGCGAUAAUUAUUGGCGAAAAUGGUUAUAGGGAUGAAGGUCAAUUAGAUGAUUUACACAGAGGCCAAUUUUUUUAUUAUCAUCUUAAAGAAGUUCUGAAGUUGAUAAAAGAGGGUUUCAACAUUAAAGGAUAUUUCGCUUGGACACUCUUUGAUGUUUUUGAAUGGACACAAGGUUAUACACAUUCAUAUGGGAUUUUUUCGGUAAAUAUGACCGAUCCUCAACGUCCUAGAACACCUAAAUUGUGGUCAGCAAAAAUAAUAAGCCAAAUUUACAAAGCGAAAUCGAUACCAAAAUCUUUUUCAUCAUUUGAAAACAAAUAAAAGUAAGACAUAGUAGUAAUUGAGAGUUUUCAAUUACUGUACGGCCAAUCGUAGAUAAUUGGUACUGAUAAAAAGUAAUUUAUAGUCUAGCGACGUUAAUAUUUCAACAAAAAAUAUUGAAAAUUGAAAUAAAAAAUAGCAAUUUUUUUGGAACGGCCCAGGGUUACUAGAAAAUACCGAAUCAUUUUUAUCAAAAAAUUCUCUCCAUGUAAUAAAAAAAAUUUUAUUAGACAGAAAAAAAAACAAAUAGCCUUAAGAAUUCAAGAAAAUAUUUAUGUGAAAGACGAUACUUUACAGUGUAUUAUUGCAGACGAUAAUCAAGUUUAAGUAUGGAUGUAAAAUAACACGUGAAUGAUGCAUAGUGAGUACUUGAGUUGAUGAAAAUAGAGAACGUGAAAUAAACUUCUACUUAUUAUUGCUUAUUUUUUCUAUUGUUAUAAUGUGUAAUGUUAAAAAAAAAUGUUAUCGUCGUAUAUAAUUGUAAAAAAUAUAAAUUUUAUGAUUAUUUAUAUGAAUAUAUAGAAAACCAAACAAAAAAAAAUUUCUUUUAUAAUCGUCAUAUUUUCAUAUUUGAUAUAUUUACAAUUUCGAAACAUGACGAGAGAGGUGAGGUAAAAUGGGUACUUCAAAAAAAAAAAUUAUUUCUGUAGUCUACGCAGAAAUAAAGGAUCGCUUGGAGCAAAAGUUAUUUUGCAUUAUGAAUUGAAGGCAAAAAUUUUCGGACGGUGUAAAAAAUUUCUUGGCUCAAUAAUUUUUUUCUUGUUUCAAAAAAUCUUUUCGCGCUCGAAGAGAAGUUUUGUUUUCAAUUUAUUAUGCAAAAAAAUUUCUAGGGCAGGUAAAAAUUUUCUUGGGGAAAGUAAAUAUUUUUUGUGUCAAAAAAUCCUUUUUUUCUCAGAACAAUUAAGAGUUUGAAGUAAUUUACGAAUUUCUCCUCAGAUAAAAAUAUUAAUCUUUUGUAAUUCGGAGCUCAUAAAAAAUUUAUAAACACAAAAAAAUAUUUCGGCUAAAAUGGGAUAUUUCGAAAGUUUUAAAAAAUACAAUUUUUUUUUUAUUUGACAGAUUAAAAAUAAAA